AUGUAUAACGGUCGAUCUCAUACAACUAAUCAGAACGGUACUGUUGCAAAGAUAAACCCUGGUGACAAAUCUAAGACAUUAGUGACGCCGCCCUAUUCAAGCAGUGUCUCUAAGCCUUUAGCCCCGUGGCCUCGUAAUCAAGGUGAAGUGUCGGAAUUGUACAAAGUUGUUCUCAAUCACGGUACUCAUCCGCCGUUAGUUCAACCAGAUUCAUGGACAGUAGCAGCACCAUUCAAAGAACAGAAACAUGUUCGCACAGUAGUCGAAUCUAUAGCGAAUAAUUUUAGUCCCGACGCACAACGUCUAGAUAUACGAAAAUUACCACACGCGAAACAAACAACGCCUUAUCCUGGUGAUGGAUUUUAUCGAGGAGUUGAUGAGUUUUUGAAGCGCACACGUGAGGAACCAGCCACACCGAAUUCCACUCAAAAGAAACAGAAACGAGCGCAAGAUUUUCGAAAGGAAAAAGUCGAAAAAUGGAUCACGCCUCCAUCGCGUCCAGUCUCACCAACCGAACAACUGAAUAUGCUCUCAUGGAUGGCCGACGAAGAAUCACGUCGUAUUCCCGAUCCAAAGAAAGAAGAGGUCGAACGAUACUGGUACUACAUUACCAAAAGUGUGCAAUCACGUAUGGUCGCACCCGAACCAUCCGAUCAAUACAAUCGAUUUUGCUCACAUUUAACACCAAAACUUCUUCAUCCAUCAUUAAAAUCAGUUCAUGACGAUUUAAAAGAUGAAAUUCAUUCAACUUAUGAUCUUGCCGUUCGACGCGCUAUUGUCGAUUAUAUUCUACUAGAUCCAAAUGAACGUCAGCGAGUGAAAAUUCAGAACGUACCGAAAAUUUUUCGCUUACGCACAAUACGUGCACCGAUUGAAUGGCACGACACGAUGGCAGAUACAAAAAAAGAUCUAUUAAUCACAUUGCAUGGAAACAAUCCAAUCAUGUCAGCGUUACAAAUACUUUGGGAUGAUGUGUAUGCUCAUCAAAGAUUGAUUAGCUUUCAAGAUCUAAUGGGCGCACCAUUUCCAAUGAUACCGCAAGAUUUUGAGAAAUUUAUCGAACAACAUGUCAAUCAAAUGAGACAAACACUUAUGUCGCAGUGGCUCAAUAGUUGCAGUCGGCUAGUAGCAGAAAAUCGACAAUUUUGGGAAGCAAUGGUUCCAGAAGCAGACGACGGCAAUACGGAAUUAGUCGAAUCAUUCUUUAAUACAGUUGCUGCUCUUAUGGCUGGACACAUGCGUCAGCUUGUCAACAAUUCAUUAGAAGAUUUCGCUCGAUUUUUCGAAGAAUAUACCAAUGGAAACGAUUACCGUUCGAAUGAUCCCUCAGCUGAAUACAAUGUCAUGAAUUUCACACGUAAACCAGUGUUUACUCAACGUUUAUACGCUGAUGGACCAAAAAUCGCCUUCGAUCCAACCAAUCAAGACAUUCGCUCCAUGUUGCAACGUUGCAUCAAAUAUAUUGUCAACGGAGCUGCAAAUCUUCCGCGCAUCGAAUCUCAUCUAUUCGAUACAAAAAACAAACUACUUAUUCGUCAUGUACGCAUCGAUGAGGAAAUUGUCGAGAACAUCACUCAACGUGUUUUGUAUGUCUUAACAAAAAAUCUUCCUGGUCCACAAUUGUACUUACACGAAUACGAUCAAUAUCAAAAUUUAUUGAACAACAAAGCUGAACUAGAAACAACAGAAUUUCUUCGUCAUCCGCACAUUCUCGAAGAAUUCGAAAAUGAGAUCAAACGCAAAACAGCACUGGCGAAUGAAAUCAUCCUGAAACGUAUUUGGGCUCCAUUGAAUCUAUUCAAUCUAGACUGUCGAGAUUUGAAUGAACAUCUAAUCAAAAUCGUACAAAAACUACGAGAUAAAUCAGUUCAACACUGCAUCGAAGACAAUUCAAAAUUAAACAAAGAAAUCGUUCGCGAAUACGACGAAAUAGCUGCGACAGUCAGUGUUCCUGCAGAUGAAAUCGAAGAACUAGUUCGAACAACUGACUAUCUCAACAAAGCAUUGGAAAGUUUAAUCUAUAAAUUAGCAUACAAAAUCGGCGAAGCAAAAGAACGAUUGAUGUUUUUAUUAGAUUACGCACUUAUGCCACCGGAAGAUUUGAAACUCAAUGCACAAGUUUUCCAUUGGCCGGAAAACAUCAUGAAUAUUCUAGAAUUGAAUCAAAGUCGAUUGGCAGCUUUGCGUGAGCGAGCUGAAGAACGUUUACGUGAUCAUAUCAUUAAGUUCGAAAAGAAACUUGAAGAUUUACACAAAGAAAUUGAUCUCUUUCGACGAAAAGAUGUACUGAGUAACGAAGAGAUGCGCAUGAAUGUUGAAAAAUUAGCGGAUACGAACAAACUCGUCGAAGAGUACAAAGCUGAAGCUGAAAUCAUUAAUCGCGAUCAAUCACUACUCGGCUGGGAAGUCACACCAUUCCCUAAAUUACAAGAAAUCAUUGCUGCUAAGGAUCCAUACGAAAAACUAUGGAAUACCGCUUGGCAAUUUUAUACUUCAUUUGAACAAUGGAUGAAUGGACCAUUUCGAGGUCUUAAUGCUGAAACCAUCAGUGACGACGUGUCAAAUAUGUGGCGUACUGUUCACAAAUUACAAAAAACACUAACAGAUCAACCAGGUCCACGACGUGUUGCUGAUCUGAUUAAGAAACGUAUCGACGCCUUCAAAGUUCAUCUACCUUUAUUACAGGUCAUAUGCAAUCCGGGUUUAAAAGAACGUCACUGGCAACAAAUGAAUCAAUUAGUUGGCCUUGCUUUACCUCAUGAUCCAACUGCGACGUUGAGUGAUCUAAUUGAUCUCGGUAUCGCGAAGCAUGUUGAAAAACUAGACGAAAUCGGUGGUAGUGCAUCGAAAGAAUAUUCAUUAGAGAAAAAUAUGUCGAAGAUGAAAGAUGAAUGGAAAGAAAUGUUGUUCACAUUUGUCAAAUAUCGUGAUACAUCAGCGUAUAUCCUCUCCGCCGUUGAUGAUAUUCAAUUAAUGUUAGAUGAUCAUAUUAUCAAAGCACAGACUAUGUUAGGCAGUCCAUUUAUUCGACCAUUAGAAGAUGAAAUGCGGGCAUGGUGUGAUCGAUUAACUUUAUUGCAAGAUACGAUUGAUAUUUGGCUGAAAGUACAAGCAGCCUGGCUUUACCUUGAGCCGAUCUUUGGCUCGGAAGAUAUUGUCAAUCAAAUGCCGGAAGAAGGACGAAAAUUCGCUACUGUUGAUAGCAAUUGGAAAGAGAUUAUGAUCAAUGCGGUGAAAGAUGCACAUGUUCUUGCUGCAACAGAUCAACCUGGAAUGUUAGAAAAACUACGUGAAGGUUUCCGUCUACUCGAAGAAAUUCAAAAGGGUCUUAACAAUUAUUUGGAAAAGAAACGAUUGUUUUUUCCACGAUUCUUCUUUUUGUCCAACGAAGAACUUCUGGAAAUUCUCUCGGAAACCAAAGAUCCGCUACGUGUUCAACCACAUUUAAAGAAAUGCUUCGAGGGCAUCAAUCGCUUAGAAUUCAAUGAUCAACAAGAGAUCACCGCGAUGAUUUCGGUCGAAAAGGAAGUCGUACAAUUCAAAGGAACAGUCAAUCCAAGUAAAGCGCGUGGUAUGGUAGAAAAAUGGCUGAUUCAAGUCGAAGAUCAGAUGCAUUUGUCGAUUCGGAUGAUUAUUAAAGAAGCUCUAGAUGCCUAUGCGACACGUGAUCGAAAACAAUGGGUUUUAGAAUGGCCUGGCCAAAUUGUUAUCUGCGCAAGUCAGGUUUAUUGGACGAAAGAAGUCGAAGAAUCCAUUUUGAAUAAUACUUUACAAGAAUUUCUCUUGACAUCAAAUGAACAAAUCAAGGAUACGGUUAAUUUAGUUCGUGGCAAACUCGAAAGUGGACCGCGAAGAACAUUAGAAGCGUUGAUUGUCAUUGACGUACACGCUCGAGAUGUAGUUGCUAAUUUAAUUCAAACAAAAAUCAGUAAAACUUCUGAAUUUAUUUGGAUUUCACAAUUGAGAUAUUAUUGGAAUGCAGAAGCCGAAAAAUUAAUGGUUAACAUGAUCACUACGGAACUUGAAUAUGCAUAUGAAUAUUUGGGUAAUACAUCUCGAUUGGUUAUCACCCCUUUAACAGAUCGUUGCUACAGAACACUGAUGGGUGCUUUGAAACUGAAUCUUGGUGGUGCACCGGAAGGACCAGCUGGUACAGGCAAAACUGAAACAACAAAAGAUUUAGCUAAAGCUGUGGCGAAGCAAUGUAUCGUAUUCAAUUGCUCCGACAGUUUGGAUUACAAGGCUAUGUCGAAGUUCUUCAAAGGUUUAGCACAAUCAGGUGCAUGGGCAUGUUUUGAUGAAUUUAACCGUAUUGAAUUAGAAGUCUUGUCAGUCGUUGCUCAACAAGUUCAAAUGGUCCAACGUGCUAUUGCUGCACAUCAAAAACGAUUCAUUUUCGAAGAUACCGAACUCGAACUUGAUCCUACAUGUUCCGUGUUUAUCACCAUGAAUCCUGGUUAUGCUGGUCGAUCAGAAUUGCCCGACAACUUAAAAGUACUCUUCCGAACGGUAGCUAUGAUGGUACCGGAUUAUGCUAUGAUCGGUGAAAUUAGUUUGUAUUCGAUGGGUUUCAUUGAUGCUCGAUCUUUAUCUGGCAAAAUCGUUGCCACAUACAAAUUAUGUUCCGAACAAUUAUCAUCCCAACAUCACUACGAUUAUGGUAUGCGUGCUGUCAAAUCUGUCUUGACCGCAUCGGGAAAUUUAAAACAGAAAUAUCUUGACGAAGACGAAUCAAUCUUGGUCUUACGUGCUAUCAAAGAUGUCAAUCUACCGAAAUUUCUUGCUCAAGACGUUCCAUUAUUCGAAGGUAUUAUCAGCGAUCUAUUUCCCGGUGUUGUUCUGCCAACGCCUGAUUAUGAAGUUUUCCUCGAAGCUAUUCAUAACAAUUCGAAACAUAUGAAAUUACAACCCGUACAGUUUUUUAUUGAUAAAAUUAUUCAAGUUUACGAAAUGAUGUUAGUUCGUCAUGGUUUUAUGAUCGUUGGGCCAUUUAUGGGCGGCAAAUCAUCAGCGUAUAAAGUCUUAGCAGGUGCACUGGCUGAUUUAGAAGUCGCGGGGAUGAUGGAUGAACACAAAGUCGCCUAUAAAGUUCUCAAUCCGAAAUCUAUCACCAUUGGACAGCUUUACGGAGAAUUCGAUAAGGUUUCGCAUGAAUGGACUGAUGGUGUGUUGGCAACAACUUUUCGAGAAUAUGCAUCUAGUCAAACUCUGGAUAGAAAAUGGAUUAUUUUUGAUGGACCUGUCGAUGCUGUUUGGAUCGAAAAUAUGAAUACUGUACUUGAUGAUAACAAAAAGUUGUGUUUGAUGAGUGGUGAAAUUAUUCAAAUGAGCGCACAAAUGAAUUUGAUCUUCGAGCCAGAAGAUCUAGAACAAGCUUCACCUGCUACUGUAUCACGUUGUGGUAUGAUCUAUAUGGAUCCGAAUCAAUUGGGUUGGCGUGUAUUCAAAGACUCCUAUAUUCAAUACGAAUUACCUGCUUCAUUAACCAAAGAUGCACGCGAACUAGUCAACGAUCUAUUCGAAUGGUUAAUUGAUCCAUGUCUCGAAUUUCUUCGUUUCAAUUGUAAAUUUCAAUUGGCGACAUCACCGAUUCACUUAACAUACAGUUUAAUGCGCUUGUAUUCAUCAUUAAUGGACGAAAUCGCUGGUUCAGGCACAACUGCUCCUGACGGUAAACCCUAUCCUGAAAUCAAUCCGAACACCGUGCUUCUUUGGCUACAAGGUUUAUUCUUAUUCUCAGUUAUUUGGGGCUUAGCUGGUACAAUCACUGGCGACAGUCGAAAGAAGUUCGAUAUAUUCUUACGCGAAUUUUUAACGAAUACAAACCCCGAUAAUCCUCGACCGAAAUCAAUCAAAUUCUCUAAAGCGAACAUCUUUCCUGAACGAAACACAUGCUUUGACUUUUACUUCGAAAAACGUGCAGCUGGACAUUGGCGUGAUUGGCCUGACAUGAUACCAAAGGAAGAUUUAGCUAUUCAAGAAGGUGUUAAAGUCGUCGAUUUGAUUAUACAAACCGAUGAAACAGCACGGCAAACCUUUUUCUUGGAUACUUUUCUGUCACACAAUGUUCCACUUUUGUUGGUUGGACCGACUGGUACUGGUAAAUCUGCGAUUAACAACUAUUUUCUCGUUCGAUUGCCAAAGGAAAAAUUUGUUGCUAAUGUGGUCAACUUUUCUGCUCGAACAUCAUCCAAUCAAACAAUGGAUACAAUCAUGAGUAAACUUGACCGACGCCGUAAGGGUGUCUAUGGACCACCGAUGGGCAAAAAAUGUAUUAUCUUCGUCGACGAUUUGAACAUGCCAGCGAAAGAAAAAUAUGGCAGUCAACCGCCAAUUGAAUUACUUCGUCAAUGGCUUGAUCAAGGUUACUGGUUUGAUCGCAAAGAUACAUCAGUUAUAACUCUUCUCGAUCUUCUCUUUCUUGGAGCAAUGGGUCCACCAGGUGGUGGUCGUAAUACAAUCACUGGACGAUUCUCACGUCAUUGUAAUAUUAUUUCAAUCGAUUCAUUCAGCGAUGAGACCAUGCAAAAGAUUUUCACAUCGAUUGUCGAUUGGCAUUUUGCACGUGGUUUCGAACCAUCAUUUCAACGUGUUGGUCGUUUGCUUAUCCAAGCAACGAUGCAAAUUUACAAGAAAGCUUGCGAACAGUUCCUUCCUACACCACAGAAGUCUCACUAUAUUUUCAACUUACGUGAUUUCUCACGUGUUGUCAGAGGAGUCUUACUUGCACCAAAUACGCACUUGAAAGAAGAGAAGAAAUUGUACCGCUUGUGGGUUCAUGAAGUCUAUCGAGUAUUCUAUGAUCGUCUUAUUGAUGAUAGCGAUCGACAAACAUUUUUCUCCAUGGUGAAAGAGAUUAUGAAUGAUUCAUUGAAACAGAAUAUGGGCAAUUUAUUUGAACAUUUGAUUCCAGCCAAUGCACCACAAAAACAACUUCGCGAUGAACAUAUUCGUGCAUUGAUGUUUGGUGAUUUCAUUAAACCAGAUGCUGAUCCAAAGCCCUAUGAUGAAAUCAUCGAUUUAGCACAUUUGCAGAAAGUGAUGGAAUCCUAUCUGGAUGAUUACAAUGCUGUUAGUAAAAGUCCGAUGCAUUUAGUCAUGUUUCAGUUUGCUAUUGAACAUAUCUCACGUGUUUCACGUGUAUUGAAACAAGAUCAAGGUCAUGCAUUGCUUGUCGGCAUCGGCGGAAGCGGACGAAGUUCAUCAUGUAAAAUGGCAGCAUACAUGGCUGAUUAUGAAUUGUUUCAAAUUGAAAUUACCCGAACCUACGGCAAGAAUGAAUGGCGAGAUGAUAUCCGAAAACUAUUUCGAAAAAGUGGAGUGGAAGGCAAAAGCACCGUAUUUCUCUUCAGUGAUUCUCAAAUUAAAGAUGAAUCGUUCAUCGAAGAUAUCAACAUGAUGUUAAACACAGCCGAUAUUCCAAACUUGUUUCCUGCUGAUGAGCGAGCAGAAAUCUGUGAUAAAAUGCAGAAUGUUGCUCGACAAUUGAACCGUAAAAUCGAAUCGACACCAAUGGCUCUGUACAACUUUUUCAUCGAACGUGUUCGAUCUGCUCUGCACAUUGUCCUAGCAUUUUCACCCAUUGGUGAUGCUUUCCGUAAUCGUUUGCGUAUGUUUCCAUCGUUGAUCAACUGUUGUACUAUUGAUUGGUUCACAUCGUGGCCGGAAGAUGCAUUAGAAAUGGUAGCGAAGAAAUUCUUAGAAGAAGUCGAACUCGAAGAUGAAAUACGAAAAGAUUGUGUGAUCAUGUGUAAAACAUUUCAUGAAAAUAUUCGAGUUUUAUCCGAACUAUUCCUUAAACAAUUAUCUCGACAUAAUUAUGUGACACCAACAUCGUACUUAGAAUUGAUCUUGACGUUCAAAGAUCUGUUGAGACUUAAACGUAAUGAAAUUCAAACUCUGAAAGAUAAUUAUUUGAAUGGUCUGAAGCAACUUGAUUAUGCUCGUGUAGCAAUCGACGCAAUGAAAAAGGAGCUGAUUGAAUUGCAACCGAAACUAAAAGAAACAGCUGUUGUCGUUGAAAAUCUUAUGAUACGUAUCGAACAAGAAACAGCAGAAGUCGAAGCACGAAAAGAAAUUGUCGCUGCCGAUGAAGCAGUUGCUAAUGAGGCCGCAGCCAAAGCACAAUCGAUUAAAGAUGAAUGUGAAAAUGAACUUACAGAAGCAUUGCCCGCGUUGAAAGAGGCUGAAGAAGCACUCAAUACAUUGAAACCAUCGGAAUUGGUCAUUGUCAAAGCAAUGAAAAAUCCGCCAGGUGGUGUGAAACUUGUCAUGGAAGCUGUUUGUAUCAUGCUGGAAAAAGCUCCUGAACGUAAAAUCGAUCCGUCGACACAAAAACCUGUGUUAGACUAUUGGCCAACAUCAGUUCGACUUUUAGCCGAUAUGGACUUUCGUAAAAAUUUGCAAACAUUCGAUAAAGACAAUAUCAAAGGACAAGUUAUCAAACAAAUUCGUGAUCGUUUCGUUCAAAAUCCAUCGUUUAAACCAGCUGAAGUCGCGAAAGUGUCAGCUGCUUGCGAAGGUCUAUGUAAAUGGAUUUUAGCUUUGGAGAAAUACGACCGUGUGAUCAAAGUUGUCCAACCGAAACGAAUGAAAUUGAACGAAGCCGAAGAAGCUCUUUCCGAACAAAUGAGUAAACUACAGGAGAAACAACGGCAAGUUCAAGAGCUCGAAGCACGUUUGAAAGCACUAACAGAUGAAUACGAAACCAAUGUUCAAAAGAAAAACGAAUUAGAAGAUCAACGAAAUCUUUGCGAGAAGAAAUUAACACGUGCUGUGCAACUCAUCGAAGGUCUUGGUGGCGAAAAAGACCGAUGGACAGAUCAAGCACGACGAUUAGGAGAACGUUAUAUUAAAUUAACAGGUGAUAUUCUACUCAGUGCUGGUGUUGUUGCUUAUCUCGGACCAUUUACUGUGAAUUAUCGAACGGAUUGUAUUCGUCAAUGGAUUGAUUUAUGUAAAGCAAAACGUAUUCCGUGUUCGGAUGUUUUCUCAUUGAAUGCAACAUUGGGAGAUGCUGUUAAAAUUCGUGCAUGGCAAAUCGCUGGUCUACCCGUAGAUUCGUUCUCAGUAGAUAAUGGUAUUAUAGCAACAAAUGCACGUCGUUGGCCACUUUGUAUUGAUCCUCAAUCACAAGCGAACAAAUGGAUUAAGAAUAUGGAACGAGAUAAUCGGUUGGUGGUGAUUAAAUUACAAGAUCCAAAUUAUAGUAGAUCGUUAGAAAAUGCGAUUCAAUUUGGUACACCAAUUUUACUGGAAAAUGUCAACGAAGAAUUGGAUCCAGUUCUCGACAAUGUCUUGUUGAAAGCUACAUUUAAACAACAAGGUGUUGAGUACAUCAAAUUUGGUGAAAACGUAAUUGAAUAUUCGCGUGACUUCCGUUUUUAUAUAACUACCAAACUACGUAAUCCACAUUAUCUUCCCGAGAUAUCGGUUAAAGUGACAUUGAUCAAUUUUAUGAUCACAACUGAAGGUUUACAAGAUCAAUUGUUGAGUAUAGUUGCAGCAAAAGAGAAACCUGAACUUGAAGAACAAAAGAAUAAUCUGAUCGUUCAAUCUGCCGAGAACAAACGUAAACAGAAAGAAAUCGAAGAUACCAUACUCGAAGUUCUAUCUUCCUCGGCGGGUAAUCUUCUCGAAAAUGAAACAGCCAUUCAGAUAUUAUCAUCGUCGAAGAAGAUCUCUGAAGAAAUCGAAGCAAAACAAAAGAUCGCCGAAGAAACACAGAAAGAAAUUGAACUCACUCGCCAGGGAUAUUUACCUGUCGCUAAACAUUCAACAAUUCUAUUCUUCUGCAUUUCCGACUUGGCAAACAUCGAUCCAAUGUACCAAUAUUCUUUGGUUUGGUUCAUUAACUUGUACAUCAUGUCUAUCGAAAAUAGUGAAAAAUCAAGCGAUUUACAAGAACGUAUUGAAAAACUAAAUGCACAUUUCACGGAAUCGAUCUAUCGCAAUGUUUGUCGAUCAUUAUUAGAACGGCACAAACUAUUAUUUUCAUUUAUUCUCUGUGUACAAUUAGCCAAAGGACAAGGACAGAUCGAUGAUAAUAUUUGGCGAUUUCUGUUAACUGGUGGUGUUGGUUUAGACAAUCCAUAUCCAAAUCCAGCGUCAGAUUGGCUCAAUGAUAAAUCUUGGGCAGAAAUCGUCCGAGCAUCCGAAUUACCAGUAUUCCGUGGUUUAAUGGCGCAUGUCAAAGAAAAUAAAGACAAAUGGAAGAUACUCUAUGAUUCACCAGCGCCUCAUGAACAACCAUAUCCAGAUGAAUACAAUAAUAGUAGUGCAUUAGAAAGACUUGUGAUCUUACGUCUCUUCCGUCCAGAUAAAAUGGUUCCAGCAGUACAGCAGUAUAUCAUUAAACAUAUGGGACAUCAAUUCGUAGAACCACCAACAUUUGAUUUACCUGGUUCAUACGCCGAUUCAUCAUGUACGACUCCUUUGAUCUUUGUUCUCUCACCGGGUGCUGAUCCAAUGAUGGCUCUAUUGAAAUUCGCUGAAACCAUGGGUGUUACUGACAAUAAAAUCAAAACUGUUUCACUCGGCCAAGGACAGGGACCUUAUGCUCAAUCAUUGAUAAACGAAGGCGUCGAAACAGGUACUUGGGUCGUCUUGCAGAAUUGUCACUUAGCAGCUAGUUGGAUGCCAAAAUUAGAACGAAUCUGUGAAGAACUUCUAGUACCUGGCAAAGUUCAUAGCGAUUUUCGUCUUUGGUUAACAUCUUAUCCAUCGGAUCUCUUUCCUGUGACAAUCUUACAAAAUGGUAUCAAAAUGACCAAUGAAAGUCCGAAAGGUUUACGAGCAAAUUUAAUUCGUUCAUAUCUAAAUGAUCCAAUUAAUGAUGCAACAUUCUUUAAUGGAUGUAAUAAACCGGAGCGGUGGAGAAAACUUCUCUUUGGCCUUUGCUUCUUCCAUGGUCUUGUACAAGAACGAAGACAGUUUGGACCAUUAGGAUGGAACAUUCCGUACUUCUUUGAUGAAUCAGAUCUGCGAAUAUCUCUUCGUCAACUUCAGAUGUUUCUCAAUGAUUAUGAAGAUUUUCCAUUGGAAGCUAUCUCGUAUCUGUUCGGCGAAUGUAACUACGGUGGCCGUGUUACCGAUGAUAAAGAUCGUCGUUUACUUCUUUCGUUAUUAUCUGUUUGUAUCAAUAACGACAUCGUCAAUGUUGAGAAUUACAAAUUUUCCGAAAGUGGAACCUAUUACGUUCCGCAAGAUGGUCCGCAUCAAGCUUAUGUCGAUUAUAUUCGAACAUUACCACUAAAUCCACAACCGGAAGUUUAUGGUUUACAUUCCAAUGCUGAUAUUACCAAAGACCAACAAGAAACUCAAACAUUAUUCGACAACAUUCUUUUAACAUUACCGAAACAGACAUCGGGAGGAGAAGGACGUACACCAUCCGUCGUCAUCGAUGAACUGGCUGCAGAUAUUCUGGGUAAACUACCAGCAGAUUUCGAUACAGAAACAAUCGGAAAAAAAUAUCCUGUACUCUACAAUGAAUCGAUGAACACUGUUCUUCGACAGGAGAUCAUUCGUUACAAUCGCUUAACGUCUGAAGUGCGCAAGACAUUAGCAGAUUUACGUAAGGCUAUCAAAGGUCUUGUCCUGAUGUCUUCAGAACUCGAAGAGGUUUUCAAUGCAAUGUUCGUUGGCAAAGUUCCAAAUACGUGGGCAGCGAAAUCCUAUCCAUCAUUGAAACCAUUAGGCAGUUACUUGAAUGAUCUAAUGGCUCGUUUGAAAUUUCUGCAAACAUGGAUUAAUAAUGGACCACCAAAUGUGUUUUGGGUUAGUGGUUUCUUCUUCACGCAAUCAUUUUUAACCGGUGUUCUCCAAAACUACGCUCGACGAUAUACAAUUCCAAUCGAUAAACUUAGCUUUGAAUUCGAUAUUCUCGAAGAAGAUCAUGAUAUGCCAACCAAACCAGAAGAUGGUGCAUAUAUCAAAGGUCUCUUUCUCGAAGGUGCUCGUUGGAAUAAAAAACGACAUGUUCUGGAUGAAUCAUUGCCAAAAGUGCUCUUUGAUACUCUUCCGAUAAUAUGGCUAAAACCGGGCGUUACCGAGAAUUUCGCGCAAGUGAACACUUACUCAUGUCCUGUUUAUAAAACAAGCGCCAGACGUGGUGUACUUAGUACGACAGGUCAUUCAACGAAUUUUGUACUUUUAAUCGAACUUCCAUCUGAUAAACCUAAACGACAUUGGAUCAAUCGUGGUGUCGCUGGUCUUUGUCAACUUGAUGAUUAA